AAGCAUAUCGUGUGCUAGUCCGAGGCAUGUGCUCGUUCGUCAGUUUACCUCAGGACCUCGAACCGGUCGCGACGACGAUACUUUUCAAAGGUUUCAAACAUUUCAGUUAGAAUACGUGUCACAUUUGGUCAACUAUUAUAAUCUUUGACGUAUCUUCCUAUAUGACUAACACACACAUUCAAGAUUUAUACUGAAUACAUUGUAAUCUUGUUUGUUAUCUUUAUUUUGUUCUUUUUAAUUCUACACGCCUAUCUAAUUUCUUUUCAAUCACCGAAAUUUGAGUGAAGUAGAAGUUUGUUUUGUUUUUUUUUUUUUUUUUUAUCAUCUUAGAACGCAUUUUUUUGUAUUUCUAAUCAUUUAAAGUAAAUUUAUUAAAUAAAUAUGGGAACGCAAAUGAGAAGCGUCGUUGCUGAUGAAUCGUCCACUUCCACCAAAGAUAUUCCUUGGUCAACCACGGAAGCAACUCUCACGUUGGAAGAAGAAGAUGCAAUCGUCACUUUGGUCGUCAUAAUAAUUGGAUUAAUCGUCACUAUAGUUAUUUUAUUUUCAAUGGGAAUUUUUAUCGAUUGCAAACAUCAGAAAAAGGAAACCCCUAAGAAGAGAAGACUAAAACUGAAAAUACCACACAUGUCACGUGUGAGAAGGACUCAACCAGACGAUGUUAAAUCAUUUGCUUCAGAUAUGUGUCCAAAUGACAUAAGUGAUUCGGGGUUUCCAACUAGGGAUGCUGUAGUUUAAUUUAAUUGAAGUAUUCCCUUUUCAUCUGUUGAUUAAUUAAAUUGCAAGAGUCUCAUUCGAAUCAAUCGAUACACAUUAUAUAUAUAUAUAUAUAUAUAUA